AUGAAUUUCUCGAUCGAGGUGCCUGGAGAGGCUAACCCUCUCAGCUUGCAAGAGCUUUGUCGCGUCUUGCACUCGGCAUCGACCUCACAUGAUCACAGCCAGCGACAGUCAGCUGGUCAGCAACUCCAAUCUUGGGAAGCGCACCAAGACUACUAUAUCUCCUUACAGUCUGUAUUUCUUGAUAGAGUACUCCCGCACGAAAUACGAUUACUUGCCAUCAUACAACUGAAGAAUGGCAUUGAUAAAUACUGGCGACAUCACAUGCUCAAGAAUGCAAUACGUCCUGAAAAGAGGGAAGCUAUUCGAGCACGACUGUUCGAGGGCACGGUCGGAGAAGAAGACAAGCAGCUAGCAUUGCACAAUGCCCUGGUUGUUGCCAAGAUUGUUAGGAUCGACUUUCCACAAGCAUGGCCUGAUGCCAUGACGAACCUAGUCGCACUGCUGAGGAAUUUAAAGGAUGGAAACCAGGCACAUUUAUCUGGCGCCCUAUUACUACUGUUACGUAUCGUUAAAGAGAUGGGAACCGCUCGUCUUCGUAAAUCGCAGACCGCCCUACAAUCAGUCACUCCGGAGCUUGUCCAGUUGCUUGGAGAGAUCUACACGUCUAGUACGCGAGCGUGGAUGAGCUUCUUGGGAACUGGGCGCGGAGAUGAAGAUGACGCGGAUCUAGCGAUGGAGAACAGCCUGGUUGCCUUUAAGACCCUUCGCCGCCUCAUCAUCAUUGGCUACGACCUACCCCAUAAGAAUCAAACGGUGCAACAAGCUUGGAGCCUGUCUCAGACGCAUUUCGGAGAAUUCCUCAACCUUGUCAGCCAUGACUCUCCUAUCCCAGCGCCAUACCUAGAUGUUGUAGGGAAGCAUCUUAUGCAGUUCACCAAGCUGCAUGUCGAGAUGGCUGAGACACAUCCAGCAAGCUUCGCUUCGCUACCAGGCAUGUUCGAUCUCGUCCGGUCGUACUGGGACCUGGUGGCCAAGUUUGCCGAGGUAUUCCAAAAGUCUAGCGGCCUCCGGGCAGGAUCAGCUGCCACAGAGGGAGAGAACAAGUCCAAGCUUGAGGGACCAUUGCUGGAAAAGCUAGCCUUGAAAGGUCUUCUAGUGGUACGCUGCUGUCUCAGGAUGGUAAAUAUUCCGCAGCAGACCUUCAAGUAUCGCUCGAAGGAGCUCAAAGAGGAACAAGAUCAAGUUCUGCGGCAUGUUAAGGACGAAUUGUUAAUCGAUGAGCUUAUUGUUCAGAUGGCUAAUGCCAUCAUUUCAAAUCUGCUCGUAUUCCGCAAGGCUGACCUGGAUGCCUGGGAGGAAGAGCCCGAAGAGUGGGAGCAGCAAGAAGAAACCGGAGGCAAUGCUUGGGAAUGGGAAGUACGCCCUUGCGCCGAAAAUGUUCUUCAGCAUCUACUUUCUCACUACAAGGCGCUUCUUCAGCAGCCGCUUCUAUCAUAUUUUGAGACCGUCAAAAGUCCGCAAGCGGAUGUUAUGACCAAAGAAGCCGUGUAUACAGCGCUGGGCCUAGCGGCCUCUCAUGUCCACGAAAAUGUCAACUUUGGCGAACUCCUCAAGUCGACGAUAGCGAUGGAUGCUCAACAGCAGGGUCCCUUAGCCAAUGUACUGAGGCGCAGGAUUGGCAUACUACUGAGUCAAUGGGUCCCUACAGGGAUUACAAAUGAGAUUCGCCCAUUGAUUUACGAGGUCUACGCGCACUUUCUCAAUCCCAACGACCAAGCCAAUGAUAUUGUCGUACGCAUUACAGCUGCGAGGCAGUUCAAGGCCGUGGCCGACGAUUUCGCCUUCGAAGGCGAAAUGUUCAGGCCAUAUGCUCAGACGGUACUGACAGAACUGAUUCGGUUGCUCGGAGAAGUCGAAAUCGAUGAGACAAAGCUGGCAAUUUUGGGCACUACUAAGGUUAUUAUCGAACGCAUGGAGACGUAUGUCAACAGCUUCGCUGAACUCAUCAUGUCGGCUCUGCCAGCGAUAUGGGCAUCGGCCGGCGAUCUCAACUUCAUGUUGAAGCAGGCAGUAUUGACCAUUCUGCAGUCCUUGGUCAUGUCCAUGAGGGCAGAGUCUCGACGCUACCACUCUGUGAUAUUGCCGCUGGUGGGAGAGGCGGUCAAGGAGGGCUCAGAUGUGUCCAUCUAUCUGAUUGAAGAGGCACUGGAACUUUGGGAAAACGUCCUGACGCAGAGCGAGCCUCCACUCUCUCAGGAACUUCUGAACCUAGCACCACCCGCUAUACGGCUUCUCGAGGCGAACACGGAAAACGCAUCGCGCUGUCUGAGAAUUGUUGGUUCGUAUAUUCUGCUGGCACCCGAGACGAUGCUGGAAGAAGAGUUCAGGCGCCCGUUCCUCAAGGCAAUUUCCGAAUCUUUUGAUUCCAAGAGCCGCGAACACCUGGCUGUUGCAACGAAAUACUCGGAGGCAUACAUCCGGUUGGCUCAAGAGCUUGCUGGCGUGGACGGACUGAAGAUCGUACUUCGGGACAUGGUGGAGUCUGGUUUCCUCAUCAGGAUCUUUGAGGGUAUCCGCGAUGCUUACGUGGCCCACCAAACCUCAGGACCGAACAGGAUUCAGGCAAAGAUCAACAACCUCACUUUAACGGAUUAUUUCAGUAUUCUUGCACGGAUAGCGGUGGCAGACCCGGCCACAUUCGUCGAAAUGCUUGCCCCCUUCGGUCCACUUGACCAAGUCUGGCAGUGGCUCAGCAGCGAAUGGUUCGCCAGCUUUGACUGCAUGUCGGACGAUAACCGAAGAAAGCUCGGCCUGCUGGCCCUUACCCGACUUCUCGAACUGCAGCAACCCAUGCAAGACCUGGUUCUCUCGAAACUUCAAGACUACUUUUCCCUGUGGGCCAGCUCCUUGGCCCAGAUUCUGGGCGACGAGUACCCUCCCGUGGAUCAGCUGGUGUUCACCGAAGAUCUGGAACCCACCGAGUGGGACACACCGCGGGACGUUCGCGAAAGAGCGCUCAUCAAUACCGAUCCGGUGAGACACGUGUGCUCGUUCAAGUUUGUGAAUGAGAGGCUUGGCGGGUUGGUGCAGAGGGUCGGAGGCGAGCAGGUGUUUCAGCAAAGCUAUCUGGUCAACGUCGAUGUGGACGUUGUGAAUGGGUUCAAGGCUAUUGGUAGACCACCUCAAUAA